CGUGACUAAGCCCAAUGGCGACGUUGUUGAUACCUUACUAUCUAUGCAAUGACGUUGGGCACACGGGUUUGUUCCGCUCUCUCCAUGGGGGUUCACCUGAGUCCGGGGAUCCGAAGGGUUUCGCGACGGGCAGGUUUGCUAGGAUAUUUGUGUGACGUGCGCGGGAGCGGUAGACUAACCGUCCGCGACCCCAACAAGCACGUACUUAUUGACGUAGCCUAACUUUCAGCUGCGGUGUCCGAACCAAGUCUCCAACACACAAUAAACGCGUUGUAGCCAAUUGUCGCGUACCCCUAAGCGCACUCGCAUGGAGCUAAGGCGAUACCCCGGGCAGCGGCUGAACGUGGCUAUCUUUGCAUAUCUGCACCGUAGCAAGGCGCACAGAUGGGCAGAUCCCCAAGGCAAAACGGGAGAUGUUGCAAACGCGCGAACGAGAAAAUAGAAAAAGGUUAGAAUGAGGGAUUCUGGGCGUCGCGGACCCGGAGAUUACUUAUGUAUCUAGGCAUGGGCGUGGCUCGCGACACUCGGAUCCUGGCUUCUCCCCCCUUAUCCCACGAAAUGAAGAGGGAAUUAUAACUAUAGAUCUUCGCAGUUCUUCCAAUCAAGUCUGAUUCUUCCUUUUUUUUCUGUCAUGGCCACCAUAAUUAUCCGUGUAGAGACGACGGCGGCUAGGGAGUGCGAGGUCAUCGACUUGACGGUACCGUCAAGGGAGCCAUCGGUUCAACCUGUGAUGGGUCCAAAGUCAUCUUCUACCACCCUUGGGACGGAUAGAUGUGAGCGCGAGAGUUCCAGGACCUUAUCGAGAGAAGUGACACCGGCUCCCCCCGGAGAGCUUGCGGGAGAAAGAGAAAUCCAAGAACUUGAUGGUCCGCCAGCGAUAUUCAAGGGGAAACAAGUUCGUCGCUCACCUUCACCGGCGAUAAUAUCAAGGAGUCGGGUUGAGGUUGAAGUAGUCUCGCCAUCUAGAUCAACAGUGACAGUGGCGGAAGCCAGCAACAGUAAUUCCGUCUCCGAGCUAUCCGCCACCGCAGAACGCGGAAGGAGCCCCAUCCCAACGGCGACCAACGGCAUUAACAGUAAUAACAACAGUCCAAAACAACUCAAGCGCCGUUAUGAGUCCCCAGAAAUCACCGUCAUCGUCAAGGAAGAGUCCGGAGACUACAACGCCCCAUCAUCUCCAAUAGACGAAUACCCCCGCUUCAUCAAAGCCGACGACUCAGAUGACGACAAAUUCGAGUUCUCACCCAAGAAGCAGCGAGGUUCCUCCCCAGAAUUCGACCUGACACCGAUCCCCUUCUACCGCUCCUCCACUCCCUCACCCCUCCCUCUCCCCAUCCCCUUCCACCACCCAGAAUACCCAGAUCGUCCAGCCCUCCGCUGUCCGAAGAAGAAUCCAGAACACCUUGUAAUCGAACGCGAAGAAUCGACAUCAAGCCGGAAUCCAAAUCGACUAUACUACAAAUGCCGCGACUGUCCCGGCUACGGCUCCUUCAUCUGCUGGGCCGACUCGCGUCUAACCUGGGCAGCGGGACGGACAGGCGUAACGCCCAAAGACCGGCUAUGGCCACGGUGCUGGUGCGGCCACGCGGCGCGAGAGGACAUAACAGGGGACAAGGCGAAGAACCCGAACACGUUAUGGUACAAGUGCGCCACGGACGCGUGUCGGUUCCGGCGCUGGGACUCCGACGACCCGCUGAGCCCCGAGGAGAUUAAUCAGUAUAGCGGGAGUCAGGUGUAUCAGAUCGGGUAUUGAAAAAGGCAAAAAGGACUAUCGCUAAAUUUUUAUUUCGUGUUUGGUUUGGUUUACUGUGCUGGAGUCGGGAGCCAGGGGAAUGUAUACGGAUCGUGGUGGGCGUCGGUGACGGGUUUCAGGGUUUCUGAUAUGGUGACCGGGCUGUUGUAUUUAUAGUUAGAGAACUGGAUCGGUUGGAUAUUUGUAUUUAAAAUGAGCGUAACAUACCCAAGUGUUAAAAAUGGCGG